GGUGGCGCAUGCGCAGUCGGCGGGCGACACGGCUCCGCCCCGCGCGCACUAUUUAAUCCCAGAAUCCCUCUGUGUCGCACCAAACGGCCGCAUCGUUCCAAGGCUGCGGAGGCCGGGCGCGGUAGCGUCAAGAUGGCGGCUGCGGCAGUGGCGGCAGCGGCGGCGGCGGCCGCGGCUGCAUCUCUUCAGGUGCUGGAGAUGGAAAGCAUGGAGACAGCCGCCGCCGGCUCUGCAGGACUGGCUGCGGAAGUCCGAGGCAGCGGCACGGUGGACUUCGGGCCUGGGCCGGGGAUCUCUGCCAUGGAGGCGAGCGGGGGCGAUCCGGGCCCAGAAGCCGAGGAUUUCGAGUGUAGCUCUCACUGCUCAGAGCUGUCCUGGCGGCAGAACGAGCAGCGGCGCCAGGGCCUCUUCUGCGACAUUACCCUGUGCUUCGGCGGGGCUGGAGGCCGCGAGUUCCGGGCCCACCGCUCGGUACUGGCCGCCGCCACCGAAUAUUUCACGCCCCUGCUGUCGGGCCAGUUCUCCGAGUCCCGCUCGGGACGGGUGGAGAUGCGCAAGUGGAGCUCCGAGCCGGGGCCCGAACCUGACACAGUGGAAGCCGUUAUCGAGUAUAUGUACACCGGGCGCAUCCGCGUCAGCACAGGCAGCGUGCACGAGGUGCUGGAGUUGGCCGACAGGUUCCUACUAAUUCGUUUAAAAGAAUUUUGUGGAGAAUUUCUUAAGAAAAAACUUCAUCUCUCAAAUUGUGUGGCAAUUCAUAGCUUAGCCCACAUGUACACCCUGAGCCAACUUGCUCUGAAGGCUGCUGAUAUGAUACGGAGAAAUUUCCACAAAGUGAUUCAGGAUGAAGAAUUUUAUACAUUACCUUUCCAUCUCAUUAGAGACUGGCUUUCAGAUUUGGAAAUUACGGUUGAUUCUGAAGAGGUUCUCUUUGAAACCGUUUUGAAAUGGGUUCAGAGAAAUGCUGAAGAGAGAGAGAGAUACUUUGAAGAACUUUUUAAAUUGCUCAGGUUGUCCCAGAUGAAACCUACCUACCUUACACGACAUGUCAAACCAGAGAGGCUGGUAGCCAAUAAUGAAGUUUGCGUCAAGUUGGUGGCCGACGCAGUGGAGAGGCAUGCUCUGAGAGCUGAGAAUAUACAAUCUGGCACAUUCCAGCUCCCCACGUCUCAUGUUUCACUACUGCCUCGUUAUGGGCAAAAUAUGGAUGUGAUCAUGGUUAUUGGAGGUGUGUCAGAAGGAGGGGACUAUUUAAGUGAAUGUGUGGGAUAUUUUGUUGAUGAGGAUAGAUGGGUAAACCUGCCACAUAUUCAUAAUCACCUCGAUGGACAUGCUGUUGCAGUAACAGAAUCCUACGUGUAUGUUGCGGGAUCAAUGGAGCCAGGGUUUGCUAAAACUGUAGAAAGGUAUAACCCAAAUUUGAAUACAUGGGAACAUGUUUGUAGUCUGAUGACAAGAAAGCAUUCUUUUGGGCUAACAGAAGUCAAAGGGAAGCUCUAUAGCAUUGGAGGACAUGGCAACUUUAGUCCUGGUUUUAAAGAUGUGACUGUUUAUAAUCCUGAGCUUGAUAAAUGGCACAACUUGGAAUCGGCACCAAAGAUUCUUCGAGAUGUCAAAGCACUAGGCAUUGAAGACCGGUUUGUAUACAUUGCUGCCCGCACUCCUGUGGACCGGGACACUGAAGAUGGACUAAAGGCUGUAAUUACUUGCUAUGAUACAGAGACUCGACAGUGGCAAGAUGUGGAAUCUUUGCCACUUAUUGACAAUUACUGCUUUUUCCAGAUGUCUGUGGUCAAUUCAAACUUUUAUCAGACAGCAUCAUGUUGUCCCAAGAGUUAUUGUUUAGAAAACGAAGAGGCAGUAAGAAAAAUUGCCAGCCAAGUAUCUGAUGAGAUCCUUGAAAGCUUGCCUCCAGAAGUCCUGAGCAUCGAAGGAGCAGCCAUUUGCUAUUACAAAGAUGAUGUCUUCAUUAUUGGAGGCUGGAAAAACAGUGAUGAUAUAGAUAAGCAGUAUCGGAAAGAAGCCUACCGAUACUGUGCGGAGAGGAAGAGGUGGAUGCUUCUUCCUCCUAUGCCACAACCUCGUUGUAGAGCCACUGCUUGUCACGUGAGGAUCCCAUACCGAUACUUGCAUGGCACGCAGAGAUAUCCCAUGCCUCAAAACCUAAUGUGGCAGAAGGACCGCAUCAGACAGAUGCAAGAGAUACAUCGUCACGCCCUAAACAUGCGGCGGGUGCCAAGCUCUCAGAUUGAAUGCUAGGCUCUCUCAAGUGUGCAGCUUAAAACUGUUAUACCCAUUUCGUGAAGCUGAAGAUACCCAGGCUGUUACUUGAAAAAGUAUGUCAAUAACUUAUUUUCUACGUGAACUGGUUAUUACCCCAUAUAAAGGAAAUACAGUUAAAACUAGAGAAUGGGAAACUCAGUUCAAUACAUGGUCGUUUUGUUAGCUUGCAA